GCGGUCCCGAGCAGCAGCGGUAUCCAACAUGAGGAUCGGACUCGCGACCCUCGUGUGCUUGUGCAGCUUCGCGUGGCCGUCGGCCUGCGCGCCCCCGACCUGCUACUCCAGAGCGCUCGGCCUGAGCGGGGAAGUCACGGCUCUGCUGGACCGGAUACACGCGCACCGCCGCACGAAACCGUGCGCGAGCGUCCUACCCGUGAUCUUCCUCGACGUGCACAACUCGUGCGUCACCACCAAGCUGCGUGACUUCCUCUACGUGGUGCUGAACCACCCGACCGAGUCCUGCAGACGGCUUCCCAGGAUGGUGCUGCUGAAGCGGAAGAUCCAGAACUUGUACACCAUCGUCACCAGAGUCUGUUACCGGGACCUGGUGUUCUUCACCGAUGACUGCGAGGCCAUCGACACCGGCCACGUCCGGCCUCACUACGCAGAGGACCGGCUGCAGCUACUGCAGGAGGAGAGAUGAGCGGCGCACGGAGCAUCAGCCCCC